AUGCCCUUCCCCGUCUCCCUCCUCACCCCUCCCGCCGGCGUCACGUUUGAGCGCCAGUUCACUGCCGAGCAGGAGACCGAUGUCGCUGCCCUUGCCGCGCACUACAACGCCGAUGGCUACACCCUCGACGGUGAAGCUCUUACUGAGCGCGAGCAGAUGCACCUCUCCAAGGAGACGCUCCUCCGCUUCCGCCUGUCGUCGCGUGACGUCGCCCACACUAUUGAGCGCAUCGACGCCAACACCAGGUUCCGUCGCGAGCACAAGGUCGAGGACUGGGAGGCCAUGGCCGCUGCCGUCAAGCCAGAGAUGAAGACGGGCAAGGUGUUCAUCCUUGGUUUCUCCAAGGCCGGCCAGCCGGUCAUGUACGUCUUCCACCCGCGCAACGACUGGCCCAGCGCCCAGCGUACCCAGAUCCCGGCCAUCUUCUUCCUCGAGCGUGCGCGCGACCUGCAGGCCGGUGGUGUCGACUCGAUCUACGUGUUCCAGAACUAUGGCGUCCCCAAGCUCGGCGACAACCAGACCCCAGCGUUCGCCAAGGAGAACAUGCAGAUUGUGGCCGACCACUACCCGCGCAACGUCGGCAAGGCCGUGCUCCAGGACAUGGGCUUUGUCGUGCGCACCUUCAUCAACCUGAUCUGGCCGUUUGUCGACUCGUGGACUAAGGAGGUCACCCUCUUUGACAAGUCGAGCAAGCCCCAGCCGGACAUUGAAGCCAGCCUCAUCCCCAAGGAGUGCAAGGGAGAGUUUGACUACACCUGGAACGUCGACGAGUACUGGCCCGUUCUCAUGGCGGUCAUCAAGGCCCGCCGCACAGACCAGGAGAAGCGCUUCCGCGAGGUCGGCGCCAAGGUCGGUGUCCAGGAGAAGCUCUUCAAGGUCACCGACGUGGCCGUCACCUUGUAA